GGAGACGGGUCUUUUCAUCAUUUCAAAACCCCACAUUGUGACGUCACCCAUCAUUCCUUCAUCCCAAAAACCCAACUCUCACUUCUCAAAUUCUAAACAAGAAGAAAAAAAAAUCACAUUCCAAAAACUCUUCACGGUUUCACAUUUCACAUUCCCAAUUCUCUCUCAUAAUGGGAAAAGGAGGAGGUUGUGUUCCGAGCAAGAAAAAAAUCCCACCGGUAACAGAAACAGAACAAUCUCCGCCUCGAACCACCGCAACUGAAUCCAACGACUCCGAUUCAAUCCAAGAAACACAGUUACCAUUACAGCCAACCGUCGCAAAUCUCAAAAUCUUCAUCGUCUACUACUCAAUGUACGGCCACGUAGAAUCCUUAGCAAAGAGGAUAAAGCAAGGCGUGGACGCUAUCGAAGGUGUGGUAGGGGUUUUAUACAGAGUACCUGAGACAUUGUCGAAUGAGGUUUUGAACAUGAUGAAAGCGCCGGUGAAAGAUGAAACGAUUCCGGUGAUAUCGCCGGAGAUGCUGAUAGAGGCGGAUGGUGUUUUGUUUGGGUUUCCGACUAGGUAUGGGUCUAUGGCGGCGCAGAUGAAGGCGUUUUUUGAUUCUACUGGGAGUUUGUGGCAGGGGCAGAAGCUUGCCGGAAAACCCGCUGGGUUGUUCGUUAGUACUGGGACUCAAGGGGGUGGUCAAGAAACUACUGCUUGGACAGCGAUCACUCAGCUGGCACAUCAAGGAAUGCUGUUUGUACCUAUUGGGUAUACAUUUGGACCCGGAAUGUUCAUUGUGGAUUCCAUUAGAGGUGGUUCUCCAUAUGGUGCGGGAGUGUUUGCAGGUGAUGGCUCAAGAGAGGCCAGUGAAACAGAGCUGGCACUAGCUGAACAUCAGGGCAAGUAUAUGGCUGGCAUAGUCAAGCGGCUUGCCAAGUCCUGAUGCUCUUUUCUUGAUAUCAUUCUAUUAUUGUUUGUCAUCUGUGUGAUAUGUUUUUUCUUUUCUUUGCUGUCAAAUUGAUUCUGGCUUUUUUUUUCCAUUGUAUUGUGACGAGGAAAGACAGUUCUGUUGCAUGCUGUCAGUGGCAAUUUUGAUGGGGAUAGGGAUAUCCUCAUGUUCUAUAGGUCUGCGAUGUUCUGGAUGUUGUACAUGUUCCUAAAUAUACAUCAAAUAGUAAUGUGAAUUUGUGUAUCUUCAUAUCCA